AAAAGCCACACAAUUAGAAUCCAAAACAAAAAAUGGCGGGGGUUUCAGCAAAACCACUCUCUGCUUUAUCCAUUUCUUCAAUCCCCAAAAUCGCUGCUAACUCCGAACAAUCCCCAAACAGGAUUAGGGUUUCAAGUAACGCAAUUUGUUCUACUUCAUUCGGUCUCAGGUAUAGAAGCAUCAACAAUCGGUGUAAUGGUAGAAACAGGAUAAACAGAUUAAAUGCAGCUGGAUUAACUGAUAUCGAACCUGACCUGAAUGAAGAUCCUGUCGAUAGGUGGGAGAACAGUGGCAUUAGUGAUGAUGAUUUUGUCUAUGGAAAGUAUGAUGGACACCACACAUACAAUGAAGGAGAUGACAAAUCAACAUUUUGGGGAUCAAUAGCAGAAGAUUAUGCAGCAGUCGACCCUCCCACUGGUUUCCAAGGUCUCAUUUCAUGGCUAUUUCUUCCGGCUGUCGCUCUUGGGAUUAACCUCAAUGUUCCGGGAGAAUAUUUGUACAUUGGAGCGGCGAUAUUCGUUGUAGUAUUUUGCAUAAUUGAAAUGGAUAAACCAAGUGAAGCGUACAACUUUGAGCCACAAAUAUAUAACAUGGAGAAAGGUUCUCGAGACAAGUUAAUAUCGGACUACAACACGAUGGAUAUUUGGGACUUCAAUGAAAAAUAUGGUGAUCUUUGGGAUUUUACUGUGACCAAAGAUGAUAUCAUGAAAAGAUAGAUUAUCAUAUUCUAUGUAAAAAAGCAAAAGCAAGUCCCAUUUUUAUAGAAACUCAUCUCAUGUAUUUGAGGUCGCCAAAAUAUGAUAGUCAUCUUGUAUACAUGUCAUUUUACAAAGAUAUGCAAUGUAUAUUUGUGG